CUUAAGACAGAGCCAACAUUGGGACAACGGCUCUUCCUGAGCAUUUCUGGAGCAGAAGCUCUUCUCACAGAGGGAGGGACAGAGCGGGCAGCAGGCACCAUGGAGCCCCCUUCGGCCCUUCCCGGAGGAGGACGGGUCCCCUGGCAGGACCUCCUGCUGGCAGUCUUGCUCUUAACCCUCUGGAACCCACCCACCACUGCCCAAGUCACUGUGGAGUCCGUGCCGCCCAGAGCUGCCGAAGGGAAGGACGUCCGUCUGCAAGUCCACAGUCUGCCUAGGGAUACUGGACGCUUCAACUGGUUCAAAGGGGCCACAGCGGAGGAGAACCGUCGUAUUGUAUCAUAUAUAGUAGAUGCACAAAAAACUAUUCCAGGACCUGCACACAGCGGCAGAGAGACAGUGUACCCCAGUGGAUCCCUGCUGUUCCGGAACAUCACCCUGAAUGACACAGGAGUCUACACCCUACAAUUCAUAAAUAGUACUUAUGACACGGAACAAGUAACUGGACAGCUCCAUGUAUUCCAACCCUUGGCCCAGCCCACUCUCCGUGCCAGCAACACCACACUCACAGAAGACAAGGACUCUAUGGUCCUGACCUGCUCCACAACUAACACUGUGGUCUCUAUCGGGUGGCUCUUCAAUGGCCAGAGUCUAAAGCUCACGGAGAGGAUGACACUGUCCCAGGACAACAGCACCCUCACCAUACGCCCUGUCAGGAAGGAGGAUGCCGGGAAUUACCAGUGUGAGGUCUCCAACCCAGGUGAUUCCAGGAAAAGUGACCCUGUGAGGCUGGCUGUGAGCUAUGAAGGAAGCACCACAGGCUUCCCUGUGGGGUCCAUCAUUGGUUUUGUAACCGGGGUCCUUGUUGGACUGGCACUGGCAGCUACCCUAGGCUGUCUCCUGCUCCACACAAGGACUAGAAGGGCUAGUGGCUGGUGUGAUCUCAGAGAGCUCUGCUGCCCAGCAUCCACCCCCCGACAGAUUCCAGCCAGCAGCAACAAAUCACAGGACUCCCUGCCCGGCCCCACAACAGCCAUUCCUGUCUACCAGUUUCCAGAAGUUUGCAUGUGUCUCACUGUGAUUGCUUAUCGUGCUCGGGGUUCCCUCAGCUUCUUGGACCAUUAUUUCUUCAGAUCCAUGGAAGCCAAAGAAAUGCCCGCUGUUGUCCACCACUGUGCUUCGGACUCUGCCCCAGGGGGUGAGACCAGAGCCCCCCUAGGCACGGAGCUUAUCCCCAGGAGAGCUGUCAGUCGCUCUCCCACCUGUGCCCGCUGCCGAAACCACGGCGUCACUGCCCACUUGAAGGGCCACAAGCGCCUGUGCCUCUUUCAGGCUUGCGAAUGUCAUAAAUGUGUCCUCAUCUUGGAGCGCCGGAGGGUCAUGGCUGCCCAGGUGGCCUUGCGUAGGCAACAGGAAGCACAGCUAAAGAGGCAUCUGGCUCAGGGACUGAUGAGGAGAGGUGCAGCUCCUCCCAAAGCUCCCAGCCAUGUCAAGAAGGGAGCCACUCGACCUGGGGUCCCCGCUGAAAAGGAAAACAUAGCACCCCAGCCUCAGACGCCCCAUGGGGCAGUCCCACUGGCACUGACACCCCCUGGGAAGGAUAACUCCCAAGGGCCUCUGCUGCUCAGUCGUCCCCCAGAAGCCUUGCCUUUGUCCUGGACUCCAAUGCCUCCAGGCCCUUGGGCUCCUGGACACUGGCUGCCUCCAGGACUUUCCAUGCCACCUCCAGUGGUAUGCCGCUUGCUAUGCCAAGAACCUACUGUCCCUCUGCAUCCCUUUCCUGGCUUUGACCCUGGCACUUCCCUCCGGCUGCCCACUCAUGGGCCCCUCCCAACCUGCCCAGGAUCUCGCCCGAUACUGACGACUCCCCUUUCUGGAGAAUCCCAAGGGCCCACUGCCCUGCCCCGCGCAUGCUCGACUCUGAUACUCCAGCCCUGUGGCACCCCAGACCCUCUUCUGCUGCAGCCACAGGCCCCUGGAGCUUCUCGCCUGGCCUGGACUUCUGCCCCCUCGGAGCGGCAGCUGCAGCGGGAGGCAGCUGAGGCUCUUGUGGGUCUGAAAGACUCUUCCCAGGCUCCCCGCCUGACCUCUUCUGUUCCUCCCAAUCCUCCUUGGAUCUCCCUGCUCCACCCCUGUGGCCCACCAGCUCCUGCUGGAGGAAGAGGAUUCCAGCCUGUUGGACCCUCUCUCCGACCCAGCCCAGCCCCCUCUGUGGCUCUGCAUAUUGGGCGUCUGGGCUCUAUCUCCCUCCUAAGCUAGAAGCCCAGAGAUGGAAGCCUUGCUGGGGAAGAGGCAACAGCCUGCGGGCACUGCAUACUUGGUAUUUUGCUUCUGGAUUUAUGCAUGGAAUUUAAUGUAGUACAAGCUUCCAGCUUUUCUUUUUUUCUUUACUUUUUUUUUUCUUUUUUUAAAGCUUUCAGGUGCUUCAUUAGCUUUUGGUUCCUUUUGUAGUGUGGGCAUUUCCUUGACUGAAAGUGGUAUUCUCUUACUCACUGGGUCCUGGGACAUUUUUAAAUCCCCAACAAAGUGAGAGAUGUGCAGUUUAAGCUAACCAGUAUCUAAAUAGGUUUUUGCAUGAGUUCACUUUCCAGACUAUUUAUUUAACGUAUGAUUCUAUACAUACCUGUGCACUCAUGUCUGUCUCUAUACAUGCAAAAACAGGAGAGUAUUUUCAUUUUGUGUCUACCUUUGGGUGAGUAACUGA